CGGGUGCUCAGCUUAACUCCGCUGCAUCGCCCCAGGCACACACUUCACCCAACCUCAGGUUCCCACGCUGCAGACCAUGGCUGCUGCCUGAGCCCUGCCUGCCUUCUGAACAAGUCCCCGCGUGCCCCAGUCUCCUGAGAGACAUUUCUGACGGCUACUACGCGAACCUGACACUGGCUGCACUCGUGAUGGCUACGCGCAUUCAUCCUCGCCUGUUUCCGCCGCUACCAUAACCGUACUUGACACGCCCUCUGCCCUCGUCGCCAGGCCAGUCACGCCCUCUGCCCUUUUGUACCUGCAGGAGGCCGCCGCCGCCAUGCACCCAUACUCGCGCCCCUCGCCGCGGACAGCCUCGCCCGCCAGCAACCUCCAAACCAACCCCGCCCGAACCAACAACCAGCGGCAUAGCCAGGAUAUGACUGCGUACUCAACCACCCCGCCCUACAGCGACCGCGGUGCCGAAGAAUCAGAAGGCGAGAUGAUGUCGAGGGGAGAGCCCUCCUCCGAGUCGGAUCAGCGGCACUAUCAAAAGGUCAACCAAGUCAUCCAGAACUUCUUCACCAAGUCAGCCCUUGCUGUGAUAUCAUCUCGAGUAUCGCUUCCGCCCGGAUACAACAAGGAUGGCAAGUUGAAGCACAACAAGUGGUUCAAUGUCGUACUCCCCGAUAGCGACGUGCUCCAACGCCAACUCACCGAGUGGAAACUCAUGGAUGCCAUGGCCGGUCACCAUCCAUCGCUAUGCAUCGACAUCUAUCUGGACGUACAAGGACUCGGCCACAACCAGUCACUCGUUAUACACGAUGAUGAGGGAAAGAGAUGGGACGUUGCUGCAGCGCUGAAUUCCGCGGAUGCCGCCUCUCGAUCGUCAGGCCGCACCGGCAAAUCCACACAAAUCGUGCUUGAGCGCUGGAGGGUGCACGUCGGAGACAAGAGCUCAAUACAGCCAUCAGAGCUCAAUGAUCCGCUUCCCAACGUAUACAAAAAGGCCGUGGUCACAUUCCGGUCGCUAUUCGCCUAUCUACGCUUCAUGCCCGCUUUCAGAUACAACAAGGUCAUUGCCAAGCAACCUGCAAAUGCACCCUCCCUGAAAUUGAACUAUCGCGUCUCAAAUGGCGAUUUCAGGAGUCCGCACGUCGAUACUCUGAGUUUGCCGCUCUAUCCUACCGACGAGAACGACAAGAUUACAGAAUUAAACACAAUCGAGCCCACCAACUCGCCUGUAGGGCCUCUGUGUGUGACAGUCGAGUACCGCACCAACUGCGAGUUUAGUGUAGAAGACUCAGAGUCUCUGCUAAGCUCCCAGUUUAUGGGCCUAGACGACACCUACUUUGAGCAAAGAACCCGCCAAGUACCCGGAUCGCUUCCUGUCAACAAGAUGAAUGCGCAGGAGAGUCCUGAUAUUGGACAAGCAUACGGCAGUCUCUCAACCUUCCAUCAAGUUGGUCCGCCUACAGGAACGAGCCCAAUCUCAGCUCUCCGCGCAGCCCGAGAUAUGCCCUCAUCAUCUCCAAUGGAAUCGCCGCCACAAAAACUGCCACCUAACCAUCGCACUGCUCAAGGUUCCAAAUCCUCUUUACGCUCUGUAGAUACACCACAGUAUCAACGGCGGACUUCGGUCUCUUUCCAGCCCUUCAAAGCCGGCUCACUCUCAUCGUCUCCAGCCCUUGGAAGUGCGGUGCCUCCGUCUCCCACCAGCUCGUUAGGAAGGCCCGGUAGCUCACUAGGCCGGACUGCUACUCCAAAUCCGCUCACCACACCACGCAACCGGACGUCGCUCAAUGCGCUCCCACAAACGGCUCUUCGGGCACCUUCAUUACCCAACGAAACUGUCAUCACUUCUUCUGCGUCAAGCUCACCAAAGCCUGCACCCAUCAGCCGUUACAGCAGUAGCUUCGGCCAUCGGAGGAGCAAGUUUUCGACAGGGGGUAACAGCAAAACGGAGGACGACAACCUGAGUAGCGGGAAGGGAAGCCUCUCCUCGUCUAUGCAACGCGGAUCUGAUACAUUGAACGAGGGCACCGGUGGUAGCUCCGGCGAAGUCAGGACCGACGACGAGAACAUCUCGGACUUCCUGAAGCUUCUCGAGUCGAAGAAGGAUCUCAAGAGCUUCACUCGGAGCGAUCAAUCCGCCAAAGCAGCCACUAUGCACAAGACUACUGCUCAGCUCUCAAAGUAUCAACGGAUGCGGGAGUCCCAUACUGGACUGGCCGAAUCGGUUUCCUCUUCGACGAUGCUCCAUCGAUCGUCAUCUUCCUCCAGCCGACACCUAUCCAGCGUUCCCGCCAUGAUUGCUGGUACAUCUGUGUCAACGGCUUCUUCGCCUGGCAAACCUAUCUCGCCACACACUCCACAUACACCAGCUAUCCCUUCUCGACUCAGCGCAAAUAGCAUCGCUGAAUACGACCAGCCAAUUCGAAGCCGAAGUCGACCUAGUCGAGGGACGCGCGAACAUGACCCGAUCAACGUAGAAGAGCAGAGCGAGAGCGAAGACCAGAACAUGAAUGCCAUCGCCAUACCGACAUCACCACGCCCAUGGCACUACGCUCGCCGAUCGAGCUCCGUCUCUCAGCAAAGACAGACACUACCUGACGAUGAACCAGACGUGUUCGGCGUCCGAUCGGCCAGUCUGCCAUCGGAGGAGGUCGACCGCACUAACGAUCUGCAUCGUCUGACCAGCGCAGGUCUUACUUCUAGUGGCCUUUUCGCGCAAACGGAGCUACUCGCUAGUGGCAAUCGCGAUGGCCAAAAUCCCGAUAACGAUUCUCGUGACGAACUGCCCCAGCCGUCGUCAACAUCCAACAUGCCUGCUAAGCGCGGCACCCCGGCUGGUGCACGCGGACGAGGCGGGUUCUUCUCGCAUAGCUCUUCUACAAGCCUCAGCACAGGCGGCACCAGCUCGACUGAGCGUCAGAGCCGCUACAACUUCAACAGUCGCGCCGCAACCAACAUCGACGACGACGAACCCUUGCUCUUCCAGAUGAGCGAGAUUGGUACUGGGGGCUCCCGGCGCAGUCUCGAGGAAGCACGAGGCGGAUCGAGCACCAACAGCGGAGGCAAGCGUGGAUCGUACUUCCGCUGAUCCAUUUCCAUUCGACGUGACGCAUCAAACAUUUGCAUUUCUCGACAUCUAUUUACAUCUUUGUCAUUGGCGUUCAUGGGACAUGGAGUCGGGAUACCUUUACUGUCCCUUUAGCGCUGUUUACAUACGUUGCGUAUCUUCUUAUCAGAUUGAGUACCAUGGCGGAUGGAUGGACCCGGCGUUUACAAAUUAGGGUUUGCUUCUUGCACACGGCCGGGAAGGACAUCUAACUCUCAUGUAAGGAGUGGAUUUUACAUGUGAUUGUCAUCAGUGUUUGAUGCUCAAUGGCGCGGAGUUUUGGCAUAGGGUACGGACAUGGAUAUGGGUAUGGAUUCAGAUCAUCGAGUUAGCGCAGACGCCUUGAUUGAUCAAUCGUUGCAGUAUAAAUGAAUAUGCUAUCACUCCGCUCUAUCGCACCUGCUUCAUUCAU